CCCCCCCCGCCCUGCGCGCUCAGAUGCUAACAUUGAGGGCUUGAAGUCCUCCGCAGCAAGGGUACAACGGAUAUCCUCCCGCAGGGUCAGGAUACGGCUACCAACAACCGUCGCCCCAGCCCUACGGUUAUAACCAGGUACGGCUGGUCACUACCAACGUCGGACUAUUUUCAGCUAAGCCCGUCUUUAGUCCCCCCAACCGCAAUAUGGCGGCUACCAGCAGCCUCCACAGCCCAACUACAACAAUCGCCCAGGUGCGCCGACGGCGAAUUCGAACUCAUACAUGCACGCAAAUCACCACGCUCCUCCGCCGCCACCAUCUGCGCCGCAGCAGUUCGGGCACGGCGCGCCCAACGGAUAUGCCUUUCAGUAUUCCAACUGCACGGGCCGGAGAAAAGCGCUGCUGAUUGGAAUCAACUAUUUUGGCCAGCGCGGUCAACUGCGCGGAUGCAUCAACGACGUCAAGAACAUGUCGGCAUAUCUCGUCGAGCGUUUUGGGUAUAAGCGGGAAGACAUGGUCAUUCUUACUGAUGACCAGCAAAACCCCAUGAGCCAGCCUACGAAACAGAAUCUUUUGAGAGCUAUGCACUGGCUGGUGAAAGAUGCCAGGCCCAAUGACUCUCUCUUCUUUCACUACUCAGGACAUGGUGGGCAAACAAAAGACCUCGACGGCGAUGAGCCUGAUGGGUAUGACGAAGUCAUAUAUCCUGUGGACUUCCGCCAAACAGGCCAUAUAACCGACGACGAAAUGCAUAGAAUUAUGGUGAAACCUUUACAGGCUGGUGUGCGACUCACCGCCAUUUUCGACUCCUGCCAUUCGGGUACUGCUCUCGACCUGCCUUACAUUUACUCAACCCAGGGUAUUCUCAAAGAACCGAAUCUUGCCAAGGAAGCCGGCCAAGGGCUUCUCGGCGUUAUUUCGUCAUACAGCCAAGGCGAUCUUGGCGGUGUUGCAAACAACAUUAUGGGCUUUUUCAAGAAGGCCACCACUGGCGAGGAUGCAUACAACCGCACAAUAGCUACCAAAACAUCACCCGCCGACGUUAUCAUGCUGUCUGGAAGCAAAGAUGACCAAACUUCGUAUGCAAAGCCCUUCUUUCCUUAUGACACACAUUUUUCUUCAAGCAUGCCAUGAGGGAAGUCCUCUACCGUAUCGAGCUAGGACUUGUUUGUUGCUUCUCCUGGUGAGAUGGCUGGUUUCUACAAGCGGAAGCAAAAAGGCAUCGAGUCGGGGUUCCCUUAUGUUCCAAACUGGAUUUUUGGGGCACAUACAUCUUGUAAUUCGGCGUCCGCC